UCAGAGGACAGGAGUCAAACCUCUGUCUGUGUUCGGAUGUAAUGUGUGGGAUAGUUGAGUAUUUGUAGCUGUGGGAUCAGCUAUAAAAAAACAAAAACAUAAACCUACAACAACCAUCGGAUCCCGGCCGUGAAAGCCUUUGAGAAUACAGUCUUCAGGGGGAUCGUCAGGUGGACCUCUCGUUCUUGAUGAUCUGGACUCUGCCCCUGUUCCAGUCAGCCAAGAAAGUGGCGUUCUCUCCCGACCUGCCAGGGAGCAACGGCACGGGGAGCACACUCUGCCAUCCUCCCGUACCCAGUCCCGGCCAUGGCCGUGCUGGCUCUCUUUUCCCACCCCAUCUGGUUUACCUGUUCUCUGGUCCUGUCUGUGGUGCUCUGGAUAAGAAGACGGCGGGGAUGGAGUCCUGACGUGUGCCCCGUGGACCUGACGGGCAAAACAGCUGUUGUCACGGGAGCCAGCACCGGGAUCGGCAAGUGGAUCGCUCGCGACCUGGCGCGCCGGAACGCCCGCACCGUCCUGGCCUGCCGCAGCCGCGAGCGGGGGGAGGCCGCCCUGGAGGAGAUCCGCCGGGCCACCGGCAACCCCCAGGUCCACCUCCGCCUCCUGGACACCAGCUCCGUGGCCUCCGUGCGCGCCUUCGCCCGGCAGUUCCUGGCGGAGGAGAGGCGCCUGGACAUCCUGGUCAACAACGCCGGAGCCUCAGGUCUGCCGCACAGAGUCACAGAAGAGGGCCUGGAGCUUCUCUUUGCCACCAAUGCCCUCGGCCCCUUCCUGCUCACCAACCUUUUGCUGGACAUCAUGAAGACCUCGGCUCCUGCACGCGUUGUGAACGUCUCCUCCUACAUACAUUAUAAGGGGGACGUGAAUGUCAAGUUCCUGACCGGAGAAGAGCGGCCGAAGGGCGCCUCCAAUGCCUACAGCAGCACCAAGCUCAUGAACAUUGUCUUCACGUCUGAGUUGGCCCGGAGGCUGCGCGGGACAGGGGUUUCUGUCAAUGCUGUGCACCCAGGCGUCGUCAAGACGGAAAUUAUGCGCGAUUAUGCCUGGUGGAUGCGUCUGCUCUUCAGCAUCCUUGGGACCCUCUUUCUGAAGACUCCAAAGGAAGGAGCCACCAGUGCCUUGUACUGCGCCGUCUCCAGGGAGGUGGAAGGCGUUUCGGGAAAGUACUUUGACAGCGACUGCAGCCUGACCCUGCCGCUGGCCCUGGCGGAAGACCCGGCCGUGGGCCGCAAACUCUGGGAUGCUGCCGAGGCAGCCAUAGGCCUGGCAAGCCGCCAAAGGGAGUAACCCAGCCUGCCUCCCCCUCCACUCUCCCCGGUCGCUCUCCCACCAGAAGGAAAUAAAAGCUAGCUCCUUCUUGUUCUCCAGGACUCUCGCGGGGAACGUUCCAUACGCUCCUGCCACUCACACUGUGUCACCCUCGGGAGUACAGGGGCGACACGUGAGUUUGCCCAGCCGUGCACCCCAUCUGGCUACAAAGAUUCUGAAAUGGGAAUGAGGAUGCUCUGGUCAGACAUCACCAGGGACGCUGCAUCCAGUUUAAGUAGCCAUGGAAAAUCGGAGGAGGCCCAAGCUGGUCAAGGGUCCGCAAGCUCAGCGCAAAGAGGAACGGUUGAGCCCGGAGGAAACGAUGAGGCUGGCUAUGUGGGAGUUUAGCCUGCUCUGGAGCCACCGGCUGGAACAGUGGGAUCGCUUUAUAAAACGUGGGCUACAUGACAUUCUUGUUAUGCUCGUCCCUGGUGGGGACCCAUCGCUCGUAGACCAAUCUAGGGACGGAGGCUUCUGUUUAUUUGGAACAAUAGAGAUUCGUGCCGUGGGAUGGCCUUGAUUGCUCCCGUCUGGGGUUGAGGGGGUCCCCUUCUUGCAUGGCAGUGGGGACGUGGAGAGGUGGAUGUUAGUGCAGAUGGCACCUUCCGUCCUAUUUUGAAAAAAGGUGUUUCUAUU